AAUUUUUUUACAUGAGUACUGCAUAACUUAUGCUGCAGUGAACAUCACUUUUCUCUCUGAAAGCAUCAAAGCUAACAGACAGGUCGUCUUCGGCUACAAUCAGAGCGCCAAAAAAAAUAAAAAAAAAUGUCUCCAAAUAAGAAAGGCAAAUCGAAGGGCAAGUCGGCCGAAUCGACUCAAUCUCCAGCCGAUGUAAACACCAACAAAUUCCCCUCAUGUAUUCGUUUUGUUCCUCCCUCUUCCGUCGCCAUAACCAUCCACGCAAAGCCAGGCUCCAAACUUGCCACCAUCACAGAUUUCAACGACGACGCUUUAGGCGUUCAAAUUGACGCUCCUGCAAAGGACGGAGAAGCCAACGCCGCACUCCUAGAUUACAUUAGCUCGAUGCAGCCCGACAGAGAGAAUCCAAUGCUACAAGUUAUUGGGGUGAAGAGAAGGCAGGUUUCUAUUGGCUCUGGUUCUAAAUCAAGGGACAAGAUUGUGAUUGUAGAGGAAGUUACUUUACAGAGCGUUUUUGAUGCUUUGGACAGAGUUUCCAAGAGCCACUGAUAGAGAAACAUGCCGGCCAUGACUUAUAUCUAUGAAUGUGACACAAGGCUCGUGUUUAUAUUAACCAUCCCAACAAAAUGAUGCAGGUUUUGAAGAUAAAAUCUACUUGUUCAUCAUUAAUCGUUGUUCCCUAUGGAUGCUUGGGAAAGAGGAACACCAUUCGUGACUAUAAUUUUGGAUCAUACAAAGUGAUAAUAUCAUUUUAUCUAUUGAUCUUAUAGCGAAGUGAUUUUCUGCAUACUCUUCCUAUAUUUUGUUAGCCGUUCAUCAGGUGCUAUCUAUAUUUCCAUGUUAUAAGAUUUUUAUUAUUAUUUAUUUAUUUUUUCUCUUUUCAGGUUCCCACCUACAUAACCUAUAGCGGUUCUCCUUUUUGUUA